AUGAAUAUUUAUGACACUAGAAAGAAUUAUUUAUUCUAAUAACUCGAUUUUUCAAUUAAAAUAUGAUAAAAACUGAACUUCAUACCAAGGAAUUUCAGAUUUGCGCAAAUUCAUUAUACUCAAUUAAAUAUGCCCGUCAUAUUAUUAGGAAUCAUCCAUUACGAGAUCUCUGAGACCUCAACCAAAUACUUCUGUUCAUACGCAAAAAUUUAUCAACUGUUACGGUUUUCUUUUUGCCAUAGAUAUCUCAAAAAUGACAUCAAGAUGCGCUAUAAUACAAGGGACAUUUUCAUGUCAAUAAAGAAAAAUCGUAGAAAGAUAGGGACACUAGUCGAUUAGAAGUCAAACCAACGAUAAGAGACUUAUUCCAAUAGGAAAAGAAACAAAAAAUUGUUGCUCCCCCAAAGAUUACAAUAUUUAUCUUGGGCUAAAUUGCGAAUUUGGUCACUUGAAUUACUAGUAAAUUUCACAUUAGCCAUUAGAAUUACUUUAUUCCAUCGGUAGUCACUUAAAUUAGGUUAACAGUUCAAGUUUGGUCACUGGCCGUUAGUCUCCGUUAACUUUUGCUGAUGUGGCAGUCAACUCUAAUAGUUGACCGUUAAAUGAGUGACGUGGCAAUUAAAAAAUUAAUAAAAAAUAAAAUCUAAACUUUUCUAAUUUUCAACUCAUUUUUACACCACCCAUUGACAAAAAAAAAAAAAAAAAAACUUUUUUUGCCCUUCCUUUCCUUUCCUCUGCUCAUUUCACCAGCUUGCUUCCAUUUCACCAGUUGCGGCGACAAUGAGAAACCUCUGCAUCGGCGUGAACAGCUCCCACGCCAUGGCCUCUUCCUUCCCCAUAAAACCAAUUGAUUUCGACGAGCUGGCUUCCUCCGCGUUCACCAUCCUUCCCUGGAGCGACAGCCACGCCAUGGUCCCUCACGAGGCGACGGGGGCGAAGUUGUAUGAGAAGCGGCGGCGGUGGCGGAGGGAAGCAUGUGACGGCGCCGGAGUAAAAGAGGAGAGGGAGACCAGUGGAGGCCCGCCGGAGAAAUCGGUGGACCCUUCUUCUUCCAUUGUAAGGAAAUCGACGGAGAGAAGAAGGAAAAUGGGGUUGGAGAUUCGAUUUCUAUUGAAGAUUUUCUUGGCUGCUGGUUAUGGAAAGGAGCAUUGAAUUCGUUUCCAUUAUUUGAAAGGUUCGAUCUUGAUUCUCUCUUUUGACUGACUGAGCUCUGUUAUUUCACUUCAUUGGGCAAUGGCGAAGAGUUUUCCUUGUGAGCGUUGUGGGUUUGUUGUUUUGUGUGUAAAAGAUUCAAAUUUUGGGAGAGUGGGGUUUGAAUUUUGAGAGGGAGAGCCAUUGAUGGAGAAGGGGAUUGCGGGGAACUCGACGACAACCGCCGUUCUCAACCAGUCGUGAGUUUGUCCGACUAGCCUUGUUCUCAACCAGUCGUGAAGGAGCUGGCCGGGAAAAUGGAUGGGUUCGUCCAUGAGCAGAGGAAAGAAAGGGAAGGGCAAAAAAAGUUGUUUUUUUUUGUCAAUGGGUGGUGUAAAAAUGAGUUGGAAAUUAGAAAAGUUUACAUUUUAUUUUUUAUUAAUUUUUUAAUUGCCAAGUCACUUAUUUAACGGUCAACUAUUAGAGUUGACCGCCACAUCAGCAAAAGUUAACGGAGACUAACGGCCAGUGACCAAACUUGAACUGUUAACCUAAUUUAAGUGACUACCGAUGGAAUAAAGUAAUUCUAGUGGC